GAUAGAAGUUGAUGCUCUAGCUAACAUAUCACUUUACUUCCAACAAAAAGCCACUAGAAAAACAAAAUUAGUGAGAAAUCAUCCAUGAUGAAAAGGUUGUCAUGGGCGAUUAUUUUCAUACUUCUUCUUAUUUGUCUCUUCCAUGGGAACGAGGUUGUAGCAUUCCGUAGUCACGAAUUUGGGCCGAAGAUGGAUUUUUGCGACAAGUUCACUUCUUUUCCUCAAAGAUUUUUGCAUAUCCGAGGUGGUGGUUGCAAGGACUCAAUAUGCGACACUGCAUGCAACAACAUGUUUGGA